AUGAAGUUCGGUCGAUAUCUAGAGGAGAAUCUCACCCCGGAAUGGCGCCGCGCAUACAUGGACUAUAAGGGCUGCAAGAAAAGGAUCAAGGUCAUCGAUGCUCGCAUUCGGAAUCGAGGCAGUCCUAAGGUCACUGCGGACGCGGCGGCGGCCAAGGCGGCGGCGGAUGGAAGCGGAAAUGACAGCUCGGACAAUGAUGGGGAUCAUGGACCCGCUGCUCCGCCCAAGCGUUUCACUCCGAGUAUGCGGGCCAGCUCGACUAGGGGUACUCCUCCAACACCGAGAAGCAAGGAUCCAACUGGCAAAAGUCCGAACAAGACACCAAAUUACGGCUCGACUACCCUCUCACCCCGACCGCUAAACCGGAUCACGUCUAUACCGCCUCCUCUGGAUAUUGGCGAGCCCAGCAUCGCUCAGAACAUCUCAAACUCCGGCAGGCCUCGACAUGGUACGGUCUCGUUCGUUCCCGCCGCCGACGCCGGAGCGGCGCUCAGCAAGUCUCCGGAGGAGCUCGAGGCGGAACGUGGACUGGAGACGCUGGCCGAGGGGAAGAGGGGAAAUUCGGGAGAGUCGGACGACUCGAGGCUCUCUGCGUUGUCUGACCCCUCUGCGCCGCUCAAUGCUGCCACGAGCGGGCCGAGCGGUCUAGCUCGAAGCCCAUCGCGGUCAAUUAGGAGCCCACGGCUGGCUUUCAGCGCGUUUGAUGGAUUAGGAUCAAGUGCGCCGAGUCCGGUUACCGGCCCCGUGGCUAACUCCAGAUCAGGGACCAGAAGUAUCCGAUCCAUGACCAUCGCAUCCCCCUUCAUUCCCGCCAGAUCUGCACCUUCCUUCAAGGAAUUGUACUCUGAGCUCGAGCCGGACGAAAAGUCCUUCUUCGACUUCCUCGAGGCCGAACUCCAAAAGGUCGAAUCCUUCUACCUCGCACGCCAGGAAGACGCAGCUCGGCGGGGCAAAGAACUCCGGAAGCAGCUAAUCGAGCUCGCCGAGCACCGAAAGCUGUAUCACGAGUUCUAUCCCGGCACACUACCGAAAUGGGAGAGCACGGUCGAGCGGCUUCUGCCGGGCCUGCAGCAGCGGCUGCCGAAUGGAGCAGGGCUGGGAGGGGCGAAGACGGCGGAAGACAGGAAGCGGGCAGAGGCGGAGAUCGGGAUGGGCCCUGGUGCAGCCAGGUAUAGUGAAUUGAGCGAGAGGGAUAGGAAGCAGUUUUCGGCGGAUCGGUAUACCAAGUACAAGCACGAACUGCGGAAGGCAACGCUGGAGCAUUAUCGGAAUCUCGAAAUCAUCAAGAACUAUCGGAUCUUGAACGUUACGGGCUUCCGAAAAGCGCUGAAGAAGUUCGAAAAGACGACCAAGGUGCACUGUCUCGAGAUGUUUACCGAAGAACGGAUCUCGCAGGAGGCAUUUGCCAAGGGUGAAACGAUCGAGGCGAUGUUGAAGAGCGUGGAGGAGCUCUUCACGGAGCACUUUGAGCAUGGGGAUACCAAGAAGGCGAGAGAUCGAUUGCGAAAGCAGGACUACGUCGCCACGCAUUACUCGAGCGUGUUCCGGUCUGGAGUCAUGAUGGGUGUCGGUCUACCCACAGCUAUUAUUUCGAUUGUGCAAGCUCUGCGCGUACAGGACGAAGAGGCCAUCGACUCGUGGGCUGGAUUGCUGCAGAUCUACGGGGGCCUCUAUCUCCCGGUCAUCUUUGCUCUUCUCUUCGAACUGAACCUUGACGCUUUCGUUUCUGCACGGAUCAACUACGAGUUCGUUAUGGAGCUCACUCGCCCUGUCGUGGACUUCAGAUCAUACAUGGAGAUCCCCUCUUUCCUCUUCCUCACCCUCAGUGUUUGCAUGUACUUCUCCUUCUUCCGCAUAGGCAUUGAGAACGUUGCGCCUACCACAUGGCCUGCCGCCUGGCUAGUCUUCGUCGCUGUCUUCUUCUUAAACCCGUUCCCGAUACUUCGUCGACGAUCUAGGUUCUGGGCUCUUCGCGUUCUCUGGCGGGUGAUCACGCCCGGUUGGAGCCGAGUAGAGUUCAUCGCUUUCUUUAUCGCCGAUGAGCUGAAUAGCUUGUCGUACUCCCUGAGUACCAUUCUCUUCCUGUCUUGCGCAUAUGCCAAUCGAUGGCCUGAUGAUCUGUACACGGUCUGCCCCUCUGGCGCACAAUGGCCGUAUAUCCUGGUCUUGGCCGCUCCAGCGAUGAUACGCUUGAUUCAAUGUUUGAAGCGAUACUUUGACUCGAUGCUCAAGAUCCACUUGAUCAAUGCUGGAAAGUAUGCAUUCUCGGUUCUCCAAUAUGGCAUGUUUGUGUGGUGGAGGAUACGCGAUUCUGUGUUUGCGGCGUGGAUGGUUGUCGCUUCGAUCAGCGCCAUCUAUAACACCUCUUGGGACUUUGUGGUCGACUGGUCUCUUCUCCGACCCGGCACAGCGGGCUUGCGGAAAGACCGAGGAUACAGCAGUCGCUCGGUAUACUACUUCGCCAUGGUCACCAACCUCCUGAUCCGGUUCAUUUUUGUUUGGUAUAUCCCCGCUCGAGCAUCCCAUACCCGACUACGCAGCUUCUUUUUCGCCCUGCUCGAGAUGCUCCGUCGAUGGCAGUGGAACUUCUUCCGAGUAGAAACAGAGCACCUCGGAAACGCCGAUGCCUACCGAGUCACACGCGAGAUUCCCCUCCCCUACCGCCGUCUCGACCCCGACUCGGAGGAAGAAGCCGAGCUGGCCGCCGAGGCGAAUAGCGUCGCCACGCGCUGGAACAGGCUCAAGAAGCAAUUCGUCAAGCCCGGCGCGGGGCAGGGGAGGGGUCCGGACGAGUUGGAUGUGGGGCCGAGGGGAAGGAGAGGGACAAGAGAGUACGAGGCACGGAGGCCAGGAGAUGUGGAGGCGGGAGAAGAGGGUGGUACGGGGGCAGGAGGGUGGGAUGGGCUGUUGAGGCGGAUACGGAGGACGAAGGGGGGUCGGGACGGGUCAAUGGGGGAUUCAGUAUAG